AUGGCUCCAAAUCCGCCUCAUUUCCCUGUGGCAGUGCGAUGGCUGGGGGCAGGGAGCGCUGCCCGGGGAGGGCUGUUGGCAGAACAAGGUGGCACUGUUGCGGCGCAGCUGCCGGCAGUGCGGGCUCGGCGCCUCGCAGCCAGCGGAGCGGGGCGCAGCGGGCGCGCAGCCCGGGACAGCCCCGCGCCGGGUCUGGGGGAGAGGGGGCAGUGGGACACUGUGGUGCCCCUGUAUCCAGCCGAGGGCUUUUUUGGGGAAACGAUGGCGUUCUCAAGAACCUCUUCAAACUUUCCCUUCAGCUGGAGCCGCGGAUCCUGGCUGCAGGGUGGCGGGAACCGGCCCGGCCUUGCCCCAGCUACCUUUACUGAAGUUCCCAAAGAUGUGACUGUUAGGGAGGGAGAUGAUAUUGAGAUGCCUUGUGCUUUCCGAGCCAGCGGAUCCACCUCCUACUCCUUGGAAAUCCAGUGGUGGUACCUUAAAGAACCCGACAGAGAACUUGCACAUGAAUUAGCCAUCAGUGUCCCUGGCAGCAGGAGCAAGGUAACAAUGAAGGAUGCAACCAAAAUCAGUGUAAGUGCAGCUCGAGCUGGGUGGCACCCACCUCUUGUACACACCGCCACCGCUUCGGCGGCCGCCGCUGCCUCCUCGGCCUCGCCGCCGUCCGGACAGGCCGCCAUCCUCCGCCAGCAGCACGGGUCAGGUACAGGACCUGUUUAUGCUACAGACCCACUCCUGUAUAUGUCCCUGUUAAUACUGCAUAAGCUUGUACAUUUAUUAGUAAACCACUGACAGACUAGACUGCUUCCUCCACUGCUCCUCAGCCAAACAAAAAAGGAACCUAUUCAAAACCAGAACGAACCCCUGACAAAAGAAGAAGUACAGUACUAAAGAUGGAAAGAGACUGAAAGAAGCAUGGUAAAUUCUACAUGGGGGGAAAACCAUAUUUUUUUUGGAUGCCACAGAAAGUAAACCACAUAGAAUAAUCCAUCUAGUUUCCAGACUAUGGUGUAAAGCCCUGCUCUGUGCAUGGCACUUACGGUUUCUCUAUUUUAAUGUAAUAUUUUUUCUUUUCUAAACCUUUCCUCUGACUCUUCAUUUUGCACGAACUGUUGAGCAGUUAUCUUUAUGACAAUAUGUAAAGAUGUUGGGUCAAAGCCCUUCCUAAGAAAGGAAAUAUUUUUAGUAGAUUAUUGUGUUUAGGUUUUUUGGAUUUCCUUUUUUCUUUUUUAAUUAAAUUAUUUCUUUUGGAGACAUUUUAAAUAAAAAGGUACAUCUUACCAUAAUUACUAUUCACUGUCAAUAAUAUUUAUUUUUAAAUGAAGACUGGAAACAAGGUAAGACAUUUGUUUAUAAGUUGUAUUGUAUAUUGCUGAAUAACAGUUGAAUAAAAAGAUUUUGAAAUAAAGUUUUUACAGA